AUGCAGCAACCCAAGAACACGGACCCAACUUUCCCCGUUGACGGAGGGGGAUGUCGACCUCCGGGCGAGACCCACGUUGAAACCCAACGAUCGGUGGAUCCUAAUAUAUCUAUUGAAGACUACAACCGCGCUAUGCUGCAGUAUACCCAGCGACGCAUGUCGACCUUCCUGGACAUGGGCAACGACAGCGGUCCUCCUCCCAGUCGCAGCAGCCGGAGUAGCGACAGCAGCGGCAAUAGUGGUGUGCUGGCCCGUCAGGCUGCAGGCCCCACCUCUCUGGAAGCCUCUCACCAUCGCAAGUCCCAGACACCCGGUCAUAAACCCGUGAAGCACGCUGGCGAUCCGAAGACAGGGCUUUAA